AGACUUGUUUUGGCUUAUCCCGGUACUUCCAUCAUGGCAGGCAGUAAGUUGGUGUUAGAAGGUAGAGUGAGUAUAAAAAGCUUUCUUUUAGGCCUCAGCGUCGUCCUUAUCCCGCUCAUUCGGACCUGGUUCGGACACCUGGACUGGGUCUUUGAUUAUUUGACAGAGACUCCCGGAAAAAUUGCAAUUUGUGUCCACGUUGCGGCUAUUAACGGCCUUUUGCUUGUCAUAUACAGAGGACCAGUGUAUAAGGUUGCUGUGAGAGCCUGCUUCCUGGGAGUUACGUUUGGCUGUGGCCUAAUCAUUAGCUUCUCUGACACCACUUGGACACAUUUUGGCUGGUACAUGUGCUCCCUUUCGUUCUUCCAUUACUCUGAAUACCUGGUGACCGCCGUCAUCAACCCUCGCAGCCUGUCGCUGGACUCGUUCCUGCUCAACCACAGCCUGGAGUACACGCUGGCCGCCGUGUCGUCAUGGCUGGAGUUCACCGUGGAGAAGCUCACCGUUCCAGAGCUGAAGCAUCUAAACUGGCUCAGCUUGGUUGGACUAGUCAUGGUGCUGUGCGGCGAGGGCCUGCGGAAGGCUGCCAUGUUGACGGCCGGCUCCAACUUCAACCACAUUGUCCAGAAUGAGAAAGCCCACAGCCACGUUCUGGUCACCAGCGGGGUCUACGCCUACUUCAGACACCCGGCCCCACGAGGCUGGUUCUACUGGAGCAUAGGAACUCAGGUCAUGCUGUGCAACCCGGUCUGCAUCCUGGGCUACACGAUAGCCAGCUGGCGCUUCUUCCGGGAGCGGAUAGAGGAGGAGGAGCUCUCGCUCAUCCAUUUCUUUGCCGAGGACUACGUGGAGUACAAGAGGAAGGUCCACACUGGGCUGCCCUUCAUCUCUGGCAUCCGGGUCAACUAGCCCCCCUAGACCUGGACACCAAGCCUAACGGACUUCAAGCUCCAUAGCAGGUCAGACCUGGUGGCGACGUGUGGUCUGCUGUAGCAUCUGCCACCCCCUCAAGGUGAAGCCCCGGCCCCCGGCUGAGAGCCUGCAGCGCCAGCAGAGGCAGAGUGACGGCAGCUGGGCUGCUGUUUUUCUACCAACGUCCAGUAUAUGAACAGAGAACCUCAGCUGUACACGCAUUCCCACUCGCGCCUGUUUCUGUCUGCAUGCUGUCACCAUGGCGAUAGGUUUCCACUCAUCUGCUGGCUGCUUUGCCCGGACCCUUCAGCAUCACGUCUCAGAGUUGACUUCAUGUAUUAGAGAUGUUUCACAGAAAAUGAACGAUAUUAUGUGGAGGGACACGCUAAAGGCUUUUCCCAAUCAGAAGCAUUUAAAUGGAGGACGUGUUGAUGCAGAGUCUAAAUCUUGUACAGCCUUUUUUCUACAUCUACUGCUUACUUACUCACCAUAAAAUCAAUAUCCAUAUUUAUUCCUGACCCCACUCUCUUAAGGUGGUAAAAGACGCAACAUGUUGUGUCACCUGGUUAGCUUCAAAAUGGGAAUAUUUCUAUAAAAGUCAUGUUUUCUCAUGUGCAUUUUCUCAUUUUGAGCAUCUUGUUCUACGUCUGCAGAAACAAUGAAACCCCCAGACAGGAGAACCAGGUCCAGAUCCCAACCACAGAGAGCCUGUGGUUGGGAUCUGGACCUGGUUCUGACUGGCUGGGAGGGGGAAGAAGAUGGUCACUCUCUCCUGUGAUCACCUCCUGCUUUUCUUUCAUCUCCUGAUAUUUUCUAGACAGGGAGAGAUUAAUUAAAAUAAGAACCGCCUGAAGCAGGGAUAGAAAAGGGACCAGCAGGAGAAAAUUGACCUCCACUUUUGAGAGGCCUAAAUGUAAAUGUUUCUGUAGAUUUUUACUUCUUUUGUUUCUCUCUCGCUCUCUCAAUGAGACACGCCGCAAUAUCACAUUAGAUGUGCUGUUUAGCUGAGCAGUGUGUCUUUUGUUAUUUGAAACAUUACACAACAUAGGACACCUGAACUUUGUUUUUGUUUUAUUUUGUUUGUUUUUUUUUCUCUAAAACUGUAGAAGAGCGUAGCAUGGUGAGCCUCUGGUUCUUUUCUAUAAUGGGUGAAGCUGUAAGUGUGGCAGAGUUGGGUCUGGGGAAUCUUCUGGUGCUCAGGGUUUGGCUUUGGUCCUGGCUGCUUUUUCAUCCACUUUGUUUUCCAGAUGUGUGCUCAUCUUGUGGUGUCCCCUCACGUUCACUUAGCCCUUAGCAUCAUUUGGAGUCACCAGGCAUGAUGACUUGUCAUACUGUUUAAUAUUUAAGCAGUUUUUUUUUUUUUUUUUUUAAAUCAGUGAUUUAUAAAGACUGUAGCACAAACUCGGACGUCCUCUAAGAACUCCUAGAUUCUCAUGUUGGAAGCGCAGUGAGUUCCAAAGUUGUCCCAAUAACUCUCACACAUUUCCAUGAACAGUUUGUGCAUCUGUGUACAAACCACAAACAGACCAAAGGGAGAUGUUUAAAUGUAUCCGUGGCGCAUCGCAGUGGGAAGGAAUGUUCCGGUCGGGAAAUUGCACUGAAGUCUUGACCUCCACAUUUUGUGUUUCAUAAUAAAGUCUUCCUGUCAUGGUUUAUAAUUCUGAAACAGAGACUAUAUUAAAGGAUGGAGGAUGCCACUCUGAGGCGUCCCAGUGGUAGAAGGUCUACUGUGACUCCGGUGGUGACGCAUUGUGUGUUGGCUCUUUUUUUUUUUUUUUUUUUAACAAAGAGCCUUUUACUGCGUCCGUAAACUCACAAUGUCACACUCUUUCACCCACCUAUUUGUCGUUACUGCCUCUGAUUAUAGGCAUGUGGUCCUGCUGAACCAGUUGAAUUUCAGCUGUCAGGUAUGCAGUGGUGCCCAGAGGGGGUCAUGACCCCUGUUGAAAAAUGCUGCCUCCCAGAGAAUCAUGUUCAAUACAUACAAAGGCAUACAGGCCAUCUUCUUCAAUCAAGUGUGUUCCAAUUCAAUAAACAAGUAUAUGCCCUAGUCAUUCUUCAGAGUUCAAUAUUGGAAUAAUUUGGUCCCUUUUAGAGGCACCUAAAGGGAGGUGCUAAUAUUUACUAAUCCAAAAUUGAAAGGUUUAUAUAAUUAGAAGUCAAAAAUCUCUUCUUACCUAGACUGCUGCUACUGAAACUUCAUAUUUCAUAUCACAUUACAUGCUUUGAAAGCUCACUGACUGGUUGUUGUGCUGAUUUACACACCCUAUGUUAAUCAGUUAUCUAAUAGUCAAGUGGCAAUAGCAUUCUGUUCCAUCAGUCCUCUGGCUUUAAUCAAAACGAAACACAACGUGUCAUAAAAUAUCAACUGAAUACUUAAACAUGUCACUUGAAAGGUGCUGAAUUCCCCUUAUUACAUUAAAUGCUUCAUAUUUUUAUUGAAUU